AUGGCGCUCGCAAGUACGUUCGAAGCGCACGGAUCAAGCGCACGGAUCGGGCGCUCGACUCACAUGUACGUUCCACGCACCCGCUUCCGCCCGUCGCACUCCCUUCCGCACGCCUGCACUCCCUUCCGCACGUCGCACUCUCUUACGCCCAUCAAACUCCCUCCCGCCGUCGCCCUACUGCCCGUCGCUCUCCCUAGCGCACGUCGCACUCACUUCCGCCGACGCUCCCUUCCGCCCGUCACCUUCCCUUCCGCCCGUCGCACUCACUUCCGCCGUCGCCAUCCCUUCCGCCCGUCGCCCGUCACCUUCCCUUCCGCCCGUCGCCCUCCCUUCCGCCCGUCGCCCUCCCUUCCGCCCGUCGCCCUCCCUUCCGCCGUCGCCAUAGAUUCCGCCCGUCGCUCGUCGCCAUGCCUUCCGCCCGUCGCCCUCCCUUCCGCCCGUCGCCCUCCCUUCCGCCGUCGCCAUCCCUUCCGCCCGUCACCCUCCCUUCGUCUCGUCGCCCUCCCUUCCUCCCAUUGCCCUCCCGACCACCCGCCGCCCUACCUUCCCCUCGUCGCGCUCCCUUCCGCCCGUUGCCCCCCUUUGUCUCGUCGCGCUCCCUGCUGCUCAUCGCCCUCCCUCCUGCUCGUCCCCUCGCAAUCCCCUCACGCCCCCUUUCCAACCAACACACACGGUGGCCCUUCCCCUAAUGAUCGCCUUUCACCACCACACCGCUUACCUCUCUCCUUCCCCACACCACCUUUGGCCUUCCUCCCCCAAUCCCCUUCCCUGCUUCCCCGUGUCCCUUUCCCUGCUUCCCCCCAUCUCCUUCCCUUCUUCCUCCCACCCCCUUCCCAUCUAUUCCCCCCAUCCCCGUCCCUGCUUCCCCAUGUCCCCUUCCCUGCUUCCCCGUGUCCCUUUCCCUGCUUCCCCCCAUCCCCUUCCCUGCUUCCCCCCAUCCCCUUCCCUGCUUCCCCGUGUCCCUUUCCCUUCCUCCCCCCAUCCCCUUCCCUGCUUCCCCAUGUCCCUUUACAAGCUUCCCCCCAUCCUCUUCCCUGCUUCCCUCCAUCCCCUUCCCUGCUUUCCCAUGUGUCUUCCCUUCCUCCCCCCAUCCCCUUCCCUGCUUCUCCCCAUCCCCUUCCCUUCUUCCCCCCAUCCCCUUCCUUUAUGUUCCCCCCAUCCCCUUCCCUGCUUCCCCAUGUCCCCUUCCCUGCUUCCCCAUGUCCCCUUCCCUUCCUCCCCCCAUCCCCUUCCCUGCUUCCCCAUGUCCCUUUACAAGCUUCCCCCCAUCCUCUUCCCUGCUUCCCUCCAUCCCCUUCCCUGCUUUCCCAUGUGUCUUCCCUUCCUCCCCCCAUCCCCUUCCCUGCUUCUCCCCAUCCCCUUCCCUUCUUCCCCCCAUCCCCUUCCUUUAUGUUCCCCCCAUCCCCUUCCCUGCUUCCCCAUGUCCCCUUCCCUGCUUCCCCAUGUCCCCUUCCCUUCCUCCCCCCAUCCCCUUCCCUGCUUCCCCAUGUCCCUUUCCCUGCUUCUCCCCAUCCCCUUCCCUUCUUCCCCCCAUCCCCUUCCUUUAUGUUCCCCCCAUCCCCUUCCCUGCUUCCCCAUGUCCCCUUCCCUGCUUCCCCAUGUCCCCUUCCCUUCCUCCCCCCAUCCCCUUCCCUGCUUCCCCAUGUCCCUUUCCCUGCUUCCCCCCAUCCCCUUCCCUGCUUCCCCCCAUCCCCUUCCCUGCUUCCUCGUGUCCCUUUCCCUUCCUCCCCCCAUCCCCUUCCCUGCUUCCCCAUGUCCCUUUACAAGCUUCCCCCCAUCCUCUUCCUUGCUUCCCUCCUUCCCCUUCCCUGCUUUCCCAUGUGUCUUCCCUUCCUCCCCCCAUCCCCUUCCCUGCUUCCCCAUGUCCCUUUACAAGCUUCCCCCCAUCCUCUUCCUUGCUUCCAUCCAUCCCCUUCCCUGCUUCCCCAUUUCCCCUUCCCUGCUUUCCCAUGUCCCCUUCCCUUCCUCCCCCCAUCCCCUUCCCUGCUUCCCCAUGUCCCUUUACAAGCUUCCCCCCAUCCUCUUCCCCUUCCCUGGGGUGUGCUGAAAGACUAG